AUGAAAUUAGGAUAUAAUGAAAUAAUGAUAGUAUCAAUGUAUUUUAAUGAUAUUAAAGAUUUUAUUAAUUUAGAAAUUGGAGUUAAAAGAUUUCAAGGAAAUAUUGAACGAUUUCAUUUUAAUCCAAUUCCAUUAAAUAAAUAUUCAAGAAAAUUAUUUACUAACAUUGAAACAUUUCAUAUUUAUAAUUAUAGUGAUGAAGAAUUUAAUGAUGGAAGAAUAUUUAAAUAUGUAAUAUGGUAUAAAGUAGAUUAUUCAAGAUAUUUACAAGAAAAAAAACAAGGAAAUAUCUGUAAAAAUAUAGAAUAUACAGAAUAUGAUAGAGAAAAAUAUGGAACUACAAUACCAUUAGAAGUUAAAUCACUUGGAAUUGAAUGUUUUAGAGAAUGUUAUUCAUUAACAACAAUUAAUAUACCAUCAUCAAUUACUAAAAUAGGACAUUGGUGUUUUAAAGAAUGUUCAUCAUUAACAUCAAUUAAUAUAGAUAAUUUACAAUUUAUUAGUGAAAAAAGAAUAUUUAUGAAUGAACCAGUGUUAGUUAGUAUUGAAAUACCAGAUAAUCUAGAAAUAAUCAAUGGAAAGAAUAUUUUCAAGAAAGAUAUUAAUGAAUUUAAUAUACCAUCAUCAAUUACUAAAAUAGGUAAUUAUUGUUUUAAAGAAUGUUUAUCAUUAACAUCAAUUAAUAUUCCAUCAUCUGUUACUAAAAUAGGAGAUGAUUGUUUUUUUGAAUGUUCAUCAUUAACAUCAAUUAAUAUACCAUCAUCUGUUAGUAAAAUAGGAGAUGAAUGUUUUUAUGGAUGUUCAUCAUUAACAUCAAUUAAUAUACCAUUAUCAAUUAAUGAAAUAGGAAAUUGGUGUUUUAGUUAUUGUUCAUCAUUAAAAUCAAUUAAUAUACCAUCAUCAAUUAAUGAAAUAGGAAAUUAUUGUUUUUAUGGAUGUUCAUCAUUAACAUCAAUUAAUAUACCAUCAUCAAUUACAUCAUUUGGAGAUUGUUGUUUUUAUGAGUGUGACUGUGAAGAAGAAUUAAAGAAAAAUAAAACAAUACCAAGAAAUUGUUUUGAAUAG